AUGGUAUCUCCUAAAUCAAGAUCGCACGCUAGUGCAGAUCAUAUUGAAAAGUCCAAUACUACUGCCAGCCUGUUUUUGGGCGGCACUCGGAGAGACUGGAUGGGCCCGCAGACUAACGCCCCGGAGAAAUCGGCGCGAAAUUCUCGCGUUGAGCUUCUCCCUCCCAACUCCCUUCCUCACGAGCUUGUCUUGAUGUCCCCCGUCACACCUGGUGAGAGCCCUCCCUCACGUGGUCUUCAUACAAAAAGCCCCGACACGCAAGUGACCGCUCUUCCCUCACCUGUUCUCAGCACAAAUUCUCACCCAAGUCCUGUGGGCAACGAUGCGGUCGUUUCAAAUAAACCUCACACGCCAAUCCAUACAGAACCCACAGCACAGCGUGGCAAUGAUGAGCGCAUGGCUGUCCAACCUACUCCCAGUGCGCUUGCCACGUCACAACGCGUGACCCAGUUCUCUCAAAUGGAACCCAACUCGUCCACAAACUCACCCGUUACAGGCACACAUACAAGGGUUAGCAAAGAACGUACAAUCUCAAGGCCACGACCUAGGCCGCAGCAGAAUAGGGCAGCUGCGGCUGCGGCCAUCACCAAUAAAACAUGGGGGGAAUGGUCUGUUCAAUUGGAGGCCUUGGUAGACGAGUUGCGCACAAAGGGAGCACUGCCUCGUUCUCACCCAAGCACGCUAACUGUUAUUGAACCUCGGAUCAUUCUUUUGCGCGAGGCCAUUUCUCAUAAGGAUGCUUUCUAUUUGGUGAUACAUCAGUUGUACUGCCGAUAUAGCAUUGAUCCAACUACAUUGAGUCAAAUUAGAGCCCCUGAGGCGGGCAUGAAUUGGAUGAAGCGUUUUUUGGAUGACAAUGAAAAGAUGCAUGAUGCCGCUACCAUUGGGUUUGCCUAUUUCCCGGAACCUCCGCAUAAGUUGAUGCAUUCAAAGUGGUACCUCCAGGUGCUGUCUGGAAUUCCUGGGUUUUUAUCGCGGCUUGAAAUUGAAUGGCCAACCAUCUGGAAUAAGCCCCUUCAUCCCCCGUUAGCAUCUCAACUUUGGGAAGUACUCGCUUGUCCUUCUCCGACUUUGAUGUCGGUGAUAUUCAUGUGUGUUGCACGGCGCCUUCAUGAAGAGAAAGAUAUCAGGCCCCUGGUAAACUUGUUUUGGAGCAAUUAUAAAGCUUUCAAGCAGUGCAUGGACUGCGAACUCCCUGGGGUAACUCAGCAGGAUAUCAACAGUCAUUUUGUCCAAGAGUAUCGCAAGUUCACACAUUCGUCCGAAUAUUUAUCACAUACACCAUCACAUACACCAUCUUCCUCCCACUCUGUGCCACCUCCCAGACCUCAUAUUCAAACCAUGCCUCAAGUUACCCCAGGGGUGCCGUCACCCUAUCCCAGAUCUUCGGUUUCUAGUAUCAGUCACUAUGCCAUAAACUCACCUGCUCCAAGCCCACUUGGUGGACCUUUGCAGCAAUCUACCUCAAAUUCACCUCAGGGACGGGUUGGUCCACCUGUUAGAUCCUUUCAAUUUGGCACAAACUCACAAGUGCAGACUACCCAUCAUCAUUACUACAACCCCAUGUCACAGGGGCAAGGGCAGGGACAGAGACAAGGACAGUGGUAUCAGGUCAAUUCAGCUAUGAAUCCAAACAUGGAUCCACAGUUGCAAAUGCAAUUCCAGGCAGCAAGGCACCAACAGAUAUCGCCUCUUUCGUAUGCUCAACAAAUGCAGCAUCGAGCAAUGGGCCCCACGACUUCAGUAGGGCCUGUCGACCCCUCCCUCCAAUCUAGUGCUCUCACCUCUGCACAGUUGGCGCAGUCACUCCACGCUUCCUCGCCCGUAUCCACGCCAACUACAAUAACCCAGGUGGCCCAGCACCCGAUGCCACCACAAAGGCCUAACAAUCAUCUCAACCAACAGCAUUCGAUGACUUCGCAGCCGUCUGCUUCGCCCAUCACACGUGCACCUCAGGCACGGUAUUCCGAGUCUUUACCUAACUCUGCCUUCCUCCCGACACCCGGCUACAGAGCACCAAUGAUGGUGAAUCCAAAUCCGACGCGUCUCGGCCUACAUCUGGUUCAUCUUCGUGAUCCUAUGAAGAAGCUGGUAAAACGUGGCUCAUGUGGGAAUGACGUUGAGGUCGAUUUGUUUACCUACCCCGAUACCUUCGCUGUAUACCCAACAAUCAUCAACGUUGACCAGCCGAUCUACACCUGGAAUUUCUCUUUCAAGCCUGAUGAGUGCCAAAAGUUCCCACACAUAGCCCACGGGCCAGUGGGCCAAGAUUCUGUUUGGACGUUCGGGCCUGGUUGCCGGACUAUUCGUCUGCGAUGCAUUCGUCUUCCUGGCAGUCCGGAUACUGUGACGGAGCAGACCUGGUCUACUGCAGCUACUUUCUGGCCCAGUGUCUUUUAUAUUACGGUAAACGGCCAAGAGCUCUAUGUGCGCCGAAAGGUUCACAACGGAAAAGACCUACCUUUGGACAUCACCGAGUAUAUUCAAACCGGCGAAAACAGCCUACGGGUCGAUAUGAUCUUGGGACAGGAUGAGUGUAAGAACUCCAAAUACGUCUUUGGAGUGGAGGUCAUGGAGAUCGCCGAGUUCGACCAGAUACUCAGCCUGGUCCAAUCUGUCCCAGCCGACGACUCUCGCGCAGCAAUACAAAAGCGUCUUUCUCCUAUCACCGACGAUGAUGACCUGGCAGUUGUCACUGACAACCUCACAAUCGACCUAGUGGACCCCUUCAUGGCACGAAUAUUCGAUGUUCCCGUUCGCUCGUGCCACUGCAAUCACCCUGAAUGUUUCGACCGUGACACUUUCAUAAAAACCAGGAAAUCUGUAUCUGGCCAGGCACCGAUGGUCGAUAACUGGCGCUGCCCGAUCUGCAAGGCAGAUGCACGACCACAGUUCUUAGUCGUCGAUCAAUUCCUUGCAGAAAUUCAUGCCCAGCUCACUCGUACAAACCGACUUGACGGGAUCCGAGCAAUCCAGAUUAAAGUUGAUGGAACCUGGACCCCCAAAUAUGACACUGAUGAGACCUCGCCCGUUGCAGACAAACACUUUUCUCCGAAGCGCAAGGCUGAAGACUCACAAGGGCCUGUUGCCAUGCGUCCUAGAAACGACGUGUUCAAUGGUAGUGGCAGCCCGGCUGUUCGCACACACGAACAUACGGUCAUCGAAUUGGACUAA